AUGAUUUGUCUCUCCAAGGCCGACGAGCACACCCUGCGUCACCUAUCCUUUAACCAGAGCCCGCCCGCCCUCUCCGCCGGCCAGACCACCUGCGAGGACCUCAACGGCAUGGCCAACCUCCGGGAGCACGUCGCCGCCGACCAGGACGACGGCGGCGGCGGCAAUGCCGGCCUCCUCGGCGCCGACGCCCUGGAUGAGCGGCUUCGCCACGCCGCGCGGUCGCCCGAGCCGCUGCCCAAGGCCGUAGAAGCGGGCCGAUGGUUGAACGGACCAUCCCCGUCUUCUCACGCGGCGCCUGGCGGUGACGGCCAUGGCUCGCGCGCUCCAGCGUCUCCAUCUCAGCGUAUCGCAUACGUCUGGGGUUGGGUAGCCUGGAUCCUAUCCGUUCUUGUUGCUUCCUCUGUACUCUCGGCCCUCCGCGGCCACUAUGCCUGGACCAUUGUCCCCGCGGCCUUGUCAUCUGCUCCUGAAUCUGCCACUGAGCCGCAGCGGCCCGCGCUCCUCCUCAAUGGCACCAACACCGCCACAUCUCGCCGCAAGCGCUCCGCCUGCGCGUCCGGCGGCGUCAGCGGCGACGACUACAACCUGCCGCUGCACGUCGGCGCGCUCUUCAUCAUCCUCUUCGUCUCCUUCACCGGCUGCGCCUUCCCCAUCCUCGCCUCCAAGGUCCCCGGCCUGCGCAUCCCCGCGCGCUUCUUCUUCGUCGUCCGCCACUUUGGCACCGGCGUCCUCAUCGCCACCGCCUUUGUCCACCUGCUGCCCACCGCCUUUGUCUCGCUCAACAACCCGUGCCUGCCCAAGUUCUGGACCACCGACUACCAGGCCAUGCCCGGCGCCAUUGCGCUCGCCGCCGUCUUCCUCGUCACCCUCAUCGAGAUGGUCUUUCACCCGGCCCGGCGCAUGGCGCCCGAGGAUGUCGGCGCCGGCGGUGCUGCCCACGGCGGAUGCAUGGCCAACGUCAUGUUCGUCUCCGAGGAGCCCGGCGCGCAGCAGCCGAUUCGGGACAUGGGGCCGAUCAACGGCCGGCAGUCGAGCGUCGGCCAGGAGCUGUCGCAGCUCAGCAGGAACUUGUCGGCUUCGGUCGAGGCCUCCCGGGACCAGACCAAGAACGCGGCUGCCAGCAAGAAUGAGGCGGCGGCUUCCUCUGAUGAAGACUCGUUCCGCCCCCCGACGCUCUCCGCACACCAGCAGGAGCGCAGAGACCGUCUUCAGUGCAUUCUUUUGGAGCUCGGUAUUCUGUUUCACAGUGUCUUUAUCGGCAUGGCUCUGAGCGUGUCUGUUGGAAAUGAAUUCAUCGUCUUGCUCAUUGCCAUUACAUUCCAUCAAACGUUUGAGGGAUUGGCUUUAGGCUCGCGCAUCGCAGCGGUCAAGUGGGAAAAGGCAACGAUUCAGCCCUGGCUCAUGGCGCUUGCCUAUGGUUGCACCACGCCUCUCGGACAAGCUAUUGGACUCGCUACGCACACCCUCUACAGCCCCGACUCCGAGGUUGGUCUCAUUCUUGUGGGUGUCAUGAAUGCCAUCUCGGCUGGCCUGCUCACGUUUGCGUCUCUGGUCGAGCUUCUCUCCGAGGACUUUCUGAGCGAUGCUAGCUGGCGCUACCUGCGCGGCAAUCAGCGAGUCUAUGCCUGCCUCUUGGUCCUCUUGGGCGCAUUCGGCAUGAGCCUUGUAGGCGCUUGGGCGUAA